UACAGCGGUUCCCGGGACAGGUGAGUACUGGGUCACCUGGGUUGGGUGGACGCACCUAACAGAUUUUGAGCGCCACACGAGUGGACGCCGGUUUUUUUUUCUUUUCUUUUCCCUUUGCAUCUGUUUUGCUUUCGCUUCCCUAAUACAGCCCGACAGGCUUUUGAUAGAGCUCGAUCAGAAUGCUCAGAGGAGCCCGGAGCCACUGCCGAUUGUGGGUCUCCGGAGGACCCUCAGGGCUCUAAUUCUGAUUCGGAUUCGGAAGGCUCAGAAGAGGAGGUCGUCUUUGCUAAGCAUGACCCUCCUACACCGUUAAAAGAGGAACUUAGGGCUCGGGAAGAUAAAAAGGGAAACCAAACACCACCCUGCCCGAGCUACUCCGCCUUACGGGAGGAGCUUAAGCCCUUCCGCCCUUUGGCAAGUUCGCGACCCACGAUCGCCCCUUUCAGGGCGCCAGGCCCCACUGCACCGCCGUGGCCAGAAGAGGAGUUGCUCCCUGGGCUGCCACCACAACCUAUGGCACCGCCCUGGUUAGAGGGAGAGCUACUUCCUGGGUUGCCUUCUGCGCCCCCAUCUGGGGAGGGAGGAGGACGUUCCUUCCACCAGAGGGUAUGGUCGCGGCUUCCCUUUGAGUGUUCCGGUCUCCAUGCAUUCCCGGUACAAGUAGGAGGCAGGGGAGGAGGAGGAGGAGGAUAUUAUGAGCCCUUAGAAAUUAAACAACUUAAAACUAUCAAGGACGCAGUUUCAGCUUAUGGGCCCAAUGCGCCAUUUACCAUGGCGCUUUUAGAGGCAUUGGCAGGUCUGCUUUUAACUCCUGGAGAUUGGACCCAGCUGGCACGCGCCUGCCUCUCCCCCGGACAAUAUUUAGAUUGGAAGUCCUGGAAUGAGGAAUUCUGUGUAGAGCAGGCGGCAGCCAACAGGGAAAAUAACCAGAGAGAGUGGAACAGGGAUAUUCUAUUAGGGCGAGGAGCCUUUGAGGAAGAUCAAACUCAAUACCCUCGCCAGGUUUAUGAACAAAUUAGCCGCUGUGGCCUCCAGGCCUGGAGACGGCUGGCUGGAAAGGGAGAACAUACGGGUCACCUUACAAAAAUUAUACAAGGGCAGGGAGAGCCAUUUUCAGACUUUGUGGCCCGCAUGCUUGAGGCCGCUAACAGGAUUUUUCCAGAUGCUGAGGCAGCUCACCCUCUCAUAAAACAAUUGAUUUUUGAACAGUGCACUAAGGAGUGCCGUGAUGUCCUAAGAACUAACAAAAAUAGGUCCUUAGAAGAGUGGACACGCCUGUGCCGUGAAUUGGGUGGCCACGGCCUAACGCCCAAAGGAAGAAUAUCAUUGGCACUCUUUACCAUAAAUUUUUUAAACCUUAAUCACAAUAAUCAUUCCCCUGCCAUGGAGCACAAUAACCCGUCCCCGGCCGACAAAGGGCUGGUGAGAUGGAAAGAUGUCCUUACAGGACAAUGGAUGGGCCCGGAUCCAGUGGUUAGCUGGACCCGAGGUGCAGUUUGUGUCUUCCCACAGGAACCAGGCUGCGAACCGCUGUGGGUCCCGGAAAGAUUGACGCGAGCAGUAAACUCCCCACCAGUUCCUGAUAAAGCACAGGAGGAUAAGCCCGCAGACACAAGUCAACUCGACCCUUCUGGGACCGACGCUCAGCGCCCGAGACCAUCUACAAACUAAAAUGUCUGGUUUGGAGUUUUUUCUAUUCUGUGGGUUCCUAUUGAUCACCCUUCGGAAUUGUUCAGUGGGGGCCGCUUGGGGGGCCACGGGAUAUUGUAAUGAACCUCAACCUGAUCCCCUUAAACAUACUUCCUCCCUCUUCGCGCAGCAUCAACUUUGCAAUGCGCUGGGUGCUUGCUUAGACCUCCGCCCCUUUAUGACACUUAAUCAGACACUGAAAAAUACAUCCUCCGCAGCCAAUAUGACCCACCCGCUUAACUCCGAUGCAAACCCAGCAACAGGUCAAGGUCACAGCUAUGGCAGCCAUGCAAAUGGCAGCAGGUGGCCCAUCAGGCCAGCAGGCUGCCGCAUAUCUCCUUCACAUUGCAGAACAUCAGCUAUAAGAGCUGAGUGGGCAAGCCAAUGACGGGCUCCACUCAGAUAUACAUGGCCUAUAAGGCCAGGGGUCCCUCCCGGAGUCAAAUUAUUGGCAUUGAGAUGCGAGACCAAGGG